AUGGAUGACACGGUUUUGCAUGCUUUGCUACUUCUCUCUAAGCAUCGAGUGCACGUUUUGCCAGUCAUACAGGAACCUGAAGCUGGAUUUAUCGGUUUUGCUACACAGAAUGCAGUAGUCGAGCACCUUCUUCAAUCAAGUGAACUAGAGUGGUUUGAUAACAUUGCAGAUAAGAACUUAUCAGAUUUCCGAUUUGAAAGCCAAGAAAAUCCUAGUUGUGUAUAUGGGGACCAAACUGUUGCAAAUGCAUUAGAUAUGCUCUGGCAAAACCAAACUUGUCCGGUUGCUGUUGUAGAUCGACAAACUAAGAAGCUCCUGGAAUUCAUUCACAUAGAGACUGACAAAGUAGAAACUGAACGAGCCAUUGAACAUGACCAUGGGGUUUUUCUCACAGCAGGAAGUCUCCGGCUUAAAAACAGCUUCAUACCCAGAAUGGACUUGCCCGUUGCAAACAAGGAAAAUGAAACACUCAAGCAAACAAUGGAGCAUACAACUGAGACAGUUUCAGCUUUCUGA